AAAUUAAUCUUCUUCUAUCGGUUAAUCGCAGUUGUAUUGCUGAUAAACAACCAGAAUGUUGUGUUUAACUUUUAUUUUUUUAAUUUGUCUUGUUUCAGCUGAAGUCCCAUCAUAUAUACCAGUAUGUGGUCGAAGAAAUCCAAAUUUGAACGAAUGUAUAAAAAACAGCGUGGAAAAAUUGCGCCCGAAACUCCGCGCAGGAAUUCCUGAGUUUGAUGUUCCGCCAAUUGAUCCUCUAAUUAUAAACGAAAGACUUGUAGUCGCGGAUACUACUGACUUUAAAGCUGGAGCAACAAAUGUUAAACUCUACGAUGCGGGAGAUUUUGAAAUAAGGAGCUUGAAUGUUGACUUUAAAAAUCAAAAAGUUGACAUCAAUCUUUUCUUUAAAAGAAUGAGGUCAACAGGCGACUAUGAUGUCAAAGCUAAAAUUAUUGUUCCAAUCGAAGCGACUGGGCCCGUUGAAAACGACAGUAAUAACAUUGAAUCAAACUCUACAGUGAUGUACAAAUUAGUGAAAACCAAGAAAGGUCAACAGGUCUUCUUCACCAGUGCUAUCACUAAGCUCAAAAUAGGAGACUAUAAGACCAAGUUUGUUGGGAACUCCGAAACAACCACCGCUUUAUCCGACGCAAUUAACUCGGUAGUCAAUGGGAACAAAGGGGAAAUAAUUGCUGCUAUUACUCCUCAUAUUGAAAGAUCAAUGUCCAGGAAGCAACUUGAAAUAGCUAAUCAAAUUUGCAAACACUUUACUUUCGAAGAGUUAUUCCCCGAUCGAGAAUGAACUAUAUUAUUAUGAAGUGAAAAUCGUUCGGAAAAUUUUAAUUAUACUUAUUUAAAUCGCUUGCUUAAAGGUGAAAGGGCUUAUAGCUAAGAGUUAAUAGGGAUUUAUGCUGAGAGGGCGUAUAAAAAAAUUUUUUUUUGCCAUUCUGUUGGAAAUUGACUGAAACGUAAAAAUCUGUAAAAAAAAAAAGUUGGUAUCUCUAGACAUACUCUCUUUCAGCUUUAAGAAAAGUACUACUUAAAGGUAAAAGGGUGAGUAAAAAAAAAUUGUAGUUUUGAUACCAAAUGUUAAAUAAUAGUUUCACAAGACAAAUUAUACUUAAAUAACAGCCUCAUAUACAAAGUUUGGCAUAAACAAAUAGAAAAUAAAUCAAUCAAAAACAAAUUACGUAAAAAUUAAGUAAUAAAAAAAAUCACAAUGACAGAUAACAUUGAAAUAUUUUGAAAUUUCCCGCUUUAAUCGCCCUAUUGAAUAUAAUUACUGGCGCCGUUCUCACAACAGCUGUUUCAUCAUGAUCAACAAUCCAGAAUCCAAAUUUUAUAAUAACUAUUUCUUAAAAUAAAAAGCGAGAAAAUAA